AUGCUCGAUAACCACGACGGCGCUGCCGAUCGAUUCGCUAUCAACGAGACAUCUUUGGAUGGAUGUAGCAUGGAAGACGGCGACGAGCGAUCGGGAAUGGCAGAGAGGAUGCGACGCCAUGGCUCGAGGUUCCUUUCCAUCGUAGGCUUACAGAGGAGCAGUGACAUGCGGAAUACCAAGCACUCGUCACUUCACCCAAGUGAGCGAGAGGUUGCUCUGACUAUCGUCAAGAAUGCUGCAACUUCCUCGACCUCGACGGCAGCUCGUAGCCAAAACCUUAGUCCUCUGGGCCUGUCGGAGUCACCUUCUGGCAAGAGAAUUCCUACUCCUAUGCUGCCAGACCAGUCACAGACUCGGCUCUUGCCCUUGAUUGAGACUGAAAUAGCCCAAGCGAGUGUUGCUGACGAACCUUGGGCAUCGUACAAGCUGGCUCAGUCUUAUCUGGUCCCGGAUGACACCCACAUCAAGCGUAAAGAGCCAGGGCUCCGGAAAAGUAAAUCUAAUUCAGGCUUUGCUCACCAGCUCUCUCAUAAGCUGUCUGCCACUUUUGGAAACCCUACAAUAAUCCACCGCCCGAACCUUCGCACGAGGCCAAGCCUCCUCUCAAUGCAUGAAGACCUUCCUCAAGAACCUGGUGCUCAAAGUGACCAGGAGCUUAGCCCUCAGGUGAGCACUGCGCCUUCGAGUUACAACUAUAGUGGCAGUGUAUCCGUAGGUGAUCCAUCUACCGGCAAGACCUCCCUUGAGUCAAACGUCGCCUCUUUGCGUUCUACCAAAGCUCCGGACGGCAACGAAAGACCUAGUGAUACAGCAAAUCUCGCCACUGCAGAGAAAAUCGCACAUGAAAAGCCACUGACCCCAAUUCAAGAAGCACCGCCAGUCAUUAAUCCCACUGUGGUCACCGUAGAGACAACAGCGAAUGCCAAGAUCUUCUUCGAGACUCAUUUCAAUUCAUUGUUAGCAGGUCAUACGAGUCCGCGCUCGAUGAGACGGAAUGAUCUCGAAUUUCGUCUAGAAUCUCAGUCAAUGUCCGAAGAGCAACGCCAACAAGAGCGUUCCGCAUGGGCAGCCCAUGAGAGUGAGCAUCUUCGGCAGACUCGUGUAUUGAAAAGCAAAACCAAUGAGGUAAGCAAAGGCUCGGGUUCGGGCGUUGCUGUUGCCGGCUACGAAGUGGUCAGAAUCCUUGGGAAAGGCAGUUUUGGGGUUGUUAGACUUGUGCGUGAGAAAAUUGACACAGUUUCGGCCCCUCAACCGGUGCCAGCUAUGACCAGUUGGAGACAAUCGCCACGCGAAGAAUUGAAUAACUUAAGGGCGACUGCCAUAGAAGCCUUGAAAUCCACUCUAGACGGCCCGAGAAGUUCUCAUCGAUGGGGUUCCAGGACGCCGCGAAAAGAAGUUUACGCAAUGAAGGUUAUUCGUAAAUCUGAUAUGCUCCGGAACUGUCAAGAGGGUCAUUUGCGUGCCGAGCGGGAUUUCCUUGUUGCUUCUGAGAAGUCUAGAUGGGUUGUGCCCCUCGUUUCCAGCUUCCAAGACAGCACCAACCUCUACUUGGUAAUGGAAUACAUGGUCGGGGGUGACUUCUUGGGCCUACUGUUUCGCAAGGAUAUCUUGAAAGAAAGGCACGCAAGAUGGUACAUAGCAGAAAUGAUUCUCUGUGUUGAAGAAGCUCACCGACUCCGAUGGAUUCAUCGAGAUGUCAAACCGGACAACUUCUUGAUAUCCGCAUCUGGUCACCUAAAAAUAUCGGAUUUUGGCCUUGCGUUCGACGGUCAUUGGGCACACGACCAACGGUACUUCAAGAACCAUCGACAAUCCUUGAUGGAGAAACUAGGCAUCGAGGUCAAGGGUGACUCUCAAGACAAAGAAGAAGAUGCUCUGAAAGAAGUCAAGACCAAUUUGGCUGAUAUUCUCACGGGCCGGGGAGCACGGCACGAAAAGCCACAGGUCGAUGGCCCAAGCGAGCACGAAUCAAUACUGCAGUGGAGGAAUCGCCAUGGCAAGCGGAGAUUGGCCGGAAGCGUAGUUGGGACGAGUCAGUACAUGGCCCCGGAGGUAAUCCGUGGCGACCCAUAUGAUGGGCGUUGUGAUUGGUGGAGCAUUGGUAUCAUACUUUACGAGUGUCUGUACGGCUUCACACCUUUUGUCUGCGAAAAAAGAGAAGACACCAAGGCCAAGAUAUUAGACAACGCGAAAACAUUAAUAUUUCCUGACGAGCGAGAGGUGGAUAGAAAAGAGAAGGUGUCUUUUGAUGCCAUGGAGCUCAUCAACAGCCUCUUACAGGAAAAGGAGCAUCGACUUUGCUCGAAGAAGUAUCGGCUCAAUGAUUACCAGCAUUCGAAACGCACUCCAGGUCAACUGAUAGCAAGACGUGCAGAUCCACAUGCGCAAGACUAUAAAGGUAACUAUGUCUAUCCAGACGAUGCGGCUGAUAUCAAAGCCCAUUCUUUCUUUCGUCGUAUCUCCUGGGAUCGACUACACUUGACAAGACCCCCUUUCGUUCCCGAUGUAAGUGGCCGCGACGAUACCAAAUACUUUGAUGAAGAAGAGCCGAUCAGCGAUGUCGAUGAUGCGGCUAGUCAAUCUGACCCGCGUGACGCCUCGGAUGAGGAAAUGCGUGAUGCUGUUCUCGGCACAGCUCGUAUGACACAGGUUGAUGGCGCACAAGGUCAGGACAAUCUUCUCCCGAACCCUGCUUACCCUGCUCGCGCUGGGAAAGACCAGGCUGGCGGUAGAAAGGACGAAGCAGGCAAAGUAAAAGAAAAGAAAAGGCCGCGAGAUCGGGUCCUCAGGGACAAAGAUUUGGGCAGAAAAGUCCUCGAAAUUCGGAAGAAGGGAGCUUUCCUUGGUUACACGUACCGCAGGCCCAGGCUUGUCUCAUUCGAGGAAGAGCGUGGACGGCAGCGUGGUGCAAGGAGCAUGAUACCUAGCUUUGACUGA